UGAAGUCGACCUCCUGGGCUACAAGCCUGUAGAAGAAACGCUGGAGAGGAUGCCACCUGCUGGUGAGGGACCCUGGCUUGCAUGGUGGGCUCAACAGAGACCUGGAGCCUGGAUGCACAGAAAAUCAGAAUUGGGGCGGCUUUCCAAGUUGAUGGUUUUCGGCUGUCUCUUUGGGCUGUUAGCUCCACCGACUGUACGCAGAGACCCGGUCCCCCGCGCGCCAUCCCACAUACGCGGAGGUUUCCAGCGGAGACCGUGGUCUUCCUCCUUGCUUCCCCUCGCAGCGCACUCAAGGUCUAAGGACUCUCCACGCUUCUCCAUCAGGUGGAGCCGUCCGCUCCUCGCCGCCUCCCCCCUCCCUCCUCGAGAGCGAACUGCGCGCAGGCCACCUUGCAGCGCCAGGAGGUUAACCGAGCCCCCGGAGGAGGUGAGGCCACGAGCUGGCCCGAGAGGAGAUGGCGGGGCCGCCGUCGGGGCUGGCGCCAGAGCCCGGCCGGCUGUGGGUCCUGCAGCUUCUGUGAAAGGAGCCCUUCUGUCACUCGUCACUCGUUCGCUCGCUCGCUGUGGGAGGAGCCCGCCGGAGGAAGCCGUGUGCCUGGGAUGCCAAGAGCCAGAGAAUGGAUCUGCUCCGAGUGGGGACAUUGCUGAGGAUCCCGGCUUCCCGAGGCGGUUAAAAACAGGCAAUUUGUCUCAGCUGGCUGCAGAAACCCGGAGACACAAAGAGACCGAAACCACCCGAAGGGACCGACGGGCGGACAGACAGAUGGUCGGCAAGAAUCGGAGAGGACCGGCGUUGGAGGCUGAGCACCGCGAGCCGCCGAGGAAGAGAAACUAACUACACCCCCAAGUUACCCGCCGGCUCUCCCUUGCUGUGCUGAGGAAUGAAACCUUUCCAGCUCGAUUUGCUCUUCCUCUGCUUCUUCCUUUUCAGUCAAGAGCUGGGCCUCCAGAAGAGAGGAUGCUGUCUAGUGCUGGGCUAUAUGGCCAAGGACAAGUUUCGGAGAAUGAAUGAAGGCCAAGUCUACUCCUUCAGCCAGCAACCCCAGGACCAGGUGGUGGUAUCCGGACAGCCAGUGACGCUGCUGUGCGCCAUCCCAGAAUACGAUGGCUUCGUUCUGUGGAUCAAAGACGGCUUGGCCCUGGGUGUAGGCAGAGACCUCUCAAGUUACCCCCAGUACCUGGUGGUGGGGAACCACCUGUCAGGGGAACACCACCUGAAGAUCCUACGGGCAGAACUGCAAGAUGAUGCUGUGUACGAAUGCCAGGCCAUCCAGGCUGCCAUCCGGUCCCGCCCCGCACGCCUCACCGUCCUAGGUAAGAGCCAUCCACGUGAGGGGGCAAGGAUUCUCUGGCCACCACCAGGCUCAGCUCCAGGAGGGGCCUUCUGGGCAGGUGGGGGACCCCCCACUGCAUCAUCACAGGACCCCAGCUGCCCCCAUGGUGUCUGUGACCCCCCUCCCCUGUCCCUCCACCACAGGGGACAAGUAAAGGCUCCUGCCUUAAAAUGUCAGAAGGCCAAUGUCAACUAACUCUGCUGUGUUUGA